GGGGGUGCCAGCGGGGCUGGAGCUGCCGUGCCCCCACCCCCAGGAAGCCUGACAUCCCGGUGCCAUACCUGUAUGUGGACAUGGGGGUGGCCGUGCUGUGUGCCAGCUUCAUGUCCUUCGGGGUGAAGCGCCGCUGGUUCGCCCUGGGGGCCGCCCUGCAGCUCGCCGUGGCCACGUACGCCUCACACGUUGGUGGCCAGGUGCACUACGGCGACUGGCUGAAGGUGCGCAUGUACUCCCGGACCAUCGCCAUCAUUGGCGGUUUCCUCAUCCUGGCCAGCGGUGCAGGCGAGUUGUACCGGCAGAAGCCCCGCAGCCGCUCUCUGCAGUCCACAGGCCAGGUCUUCCUGGGCAUCUACCUCAUCUGCCAGGCCUACUCUCUGCAGCACAGCAAGGAGGACCGGCUGGCUUACCUGAACCACAUCCUGGGGGGGGAGCUCACCCUGCAGCUCCUCUUCGUGCUCUACGGUCUCCUGGCUUUGGCCUUCCUCUCCGGUUACUACGUGCGGGUGGCAGCGCAGGUCCUGGCCGUGCUGCUGCCUCUCGCCAUCCUCCUCAUCGAUGGCAACAUCGGUUACUGGCACGAGGCGCGGCGCGUGGAGUUCUGGAACCAGAUGAAGCUCAUCGGGCAGAACGUGGGCAUCUUCGGCGCCGUCGUCAUCCUGGCCACCGACGGCUGAGCAGGACUUGGGGACGGCGCAGAGGACAGCUUUUGGCUUAUUUUAUUUGAAGGAUUGCUAUUUAUUAUUAA